CCCUCCGAGCUCACGUCUUGCCCCACAGACAUUCCCUAAAUGAACGGCACUUUCAUGGUCGUGCCCCCUAUUUUGCACUGUUCUUGCACACGAACAAGCCCAUCUGCAUUUACCGUUAAUAUAGACAAGGAUAAAAGGGGUGUAAGAAGGAACGGGAGAUGCUAACCCAAUUUCACAGAUGGCAAACUGAGCCCCAGGGAGAUGAAGGUGCCUGCGUUGGGCUGCCUAGGGAAUUCAUGCCAGAGCUGGAAGGGGAUGGUAAAGCUCUCAGAUUUCAGUUCAAAGCGGUUUCCGACCAUGAAACCCUAUUCCGUUUGUGCUACUCUAAGUAAGCUAUCUCUGCUUGAUGCAGAGAUGCGUCAGGCAAUACAGUACAUCUUUUUAAGUACCCACUUUGAAUAUGGUGCUUGCAGUUACUUUGAAAUAUCCCUGGUUUCUACAGGAAUACUGGGCUUAACAGCCUCAGUGGAGCUGAGGAAAGCUUUGCUGUGGAAAUAUCAUUCAGCCAAAAGAGGAUCAGUGCUGCUUGUGGAGCUGCAGAGCAUCUGUGCCACUUAGUGGAGCAACUCUGAAGAGGACAGGAGUAGUAAAGGCACCAUUAGUCACUGUGUUAUGAAGUUGAUAUUUUUCAGCAAUUUCUCAUUUAACUUCUACAGGUACACCUUAAUAUGUUUUGCUUUAAUAAAGAAGAAUAUGGUAUUCACCAAACGACUUUCCAGGAUGGCCCAAGACAAGGAUACAGAGCAAAAUAAGGACCCAAAAAGGCUUGGGAGUUCUUAGCAGAAAGCUGAGAAGAAGCUGCAGGUUGCCAAUGAAUAGGUCACAGAGGUGUUACCAGCAAGAAGGCAAAGGAACAAGAGCAUGUGUGUGUGUCUGUCACGUAUGCCCAAGUGGGAGAUGCUGUUUUCUAGAAUGAGGCCCGGCAUUGCUGGCAGCUCCAAGAAACAAAAAGCAUCUCUGAUGUGAUGACAGCUACCUGCUUUCCCACUGGAAUCUGGAUGUGGGGGCUUGGUGGAAACAGAAAAAUCUGCAGAGGGGAGUGAGAGAAACUUUAGUGGGUGCCUGGAAUCCAGCCAGCAUCAACCUGCUACAGAACUCCACCAUGGGAAGGAAGGAAUGGGCAGAUGUGUGCAGGAGGUUUUAGGUGUGUGAAUCAACCUAUCAUCACUGAAGCAUCAGUUUAAUCUUGACAACCGUUGUAUACCAGCCUGUGUCAAUACCAGAGCUGUAAUUCUGUGUAGAGCAGUGACUCUUGGAGGAGAGCAGCUAUCCGUUGGCCUGGAGUAUAGGCUGGCCUCUUCCGAUUGAAUAUCAGCUUAGAUGCCAUGCAGGUGGUCUGACAGGGCAGACAUAGAGAUUAUCUGGUUUAGCAGUUCUUCCCAUGGAAGCUUGGCUUCUUCACAUGGAGUAUUUUUUUCUUUCCAUGGUCUAAUUGUUGCUGAAGGUUUUCUAGCAGACCAACGUGCUCCUGAUCAACCAGAUCUUUCAGAAUUUUUUUAAAAAGAAUCCUUGGUGGGUAAAAGAUGUGCCAUGGAAUGGUAGCAUCAAAGAGCAGCACAGGAUCAUCUCUUGCCUUGACUGGCCAUGGGUUAUUUUGUCUGCUAGUUAUCUUUGGUUCCUUUAUCUUGGAAGCACAGUCCACAGGUUGGCUGAGCAAAUCCAAAGGACCUGCAUAUUGUCCCCAGCCACCACAACCGGAGAAUGGAGGCUAUAAAUGCCACCCUAGCCCCUGCAACAACCCUCUGACUUCAGGCAGUGUCAUAGAGUAUCUGUGUGUUGAAGGUUACAUGCUGAAAGGAGAUUAUAAAUACUUGACCUGUAAGAAUGGAGAGUGGAACCCAGCCAUGGAAGUCAGCUGCAGGCUCAGUCCAGAAAAGGACUCUCCUCCGACAAUUGGAGUGCCCACGCUGUCCAUAGUAGCCUCCACGGCGAGCUCCGUUGCCCUGAUUCUGCUGUUAGUUGUGCUGUUUGUCUUGCUGCAGCCAAAGCUGAAGUCGUUCCAUCAUAGCAGGCGAGACCAAGGUGUGUCUGGAGAUCAGGUCUCUAUUAUGGUGGAUGGUGUCCAAGUGGCCUUGCCAUCCUAUGAAGAAGCAGUAUAUGGCAGCACAGGGAAUUGCAUUCCACCCUCGGACUCCCGAGUGCAGAUCGUGCUCUCAGAGGGAGCUGGACAGAAUGGACCCAGGGAGAUGCAGCAGCCGGACCAAGGGGCUCACAAUACCUUUGAAAGAGAAGAUGAAGCCCCUGGACGUUCUGGACUGUGUGAAGCCAGUGGCUCUCAGCGCUCUGAAACUGUUCUUGUGCAUCAGGCUGCUACCUCUUCCUGGGUAGCUGGCAUGGCUAACAGUAGACCUUUACACAAAGAGGUCCAAGAUUCAGAAAGCAGUGACAUACAGAGCCUUUUAUCACUCACUUCCUCUGAGGAAUACACAGACGAUAUUCCCUUAUUGAAGGAAGCAUGAGGUCUGCUGUGUUUCUCUAGUCUUCUCCAUCUUGGAUUUCUUCCUCCUCCCCUCUCCCUGCCUUUGGGACAGAAGCACUCUGUGCAGUCUUCCCCAUCCUCGCAAGCUGUACCCUGGAUACCUCCAAGAAGAGAUGCCCUCAGCUGAAGAUCCAAAGGAUGUCGCCAGGUUGCCUCCUGGAUGCACCAGUGGAGUUGGUGCAGCGCUGGCUUCCCCAUUCCAUCAGCAUCAGGGGCUCAAGGAACAGAGUGGAUUUGAGCUCUCCUCUUCCCCAGCCAGAUGUUUGACAGCAGUCUCUGAAGAGCUGCUCUUUUCUUGUGCCUUUCUCCUCCUCACACCGGCUUGUUGCAGCUUAUCAGCCUUUCUAGCCCUUCUGCUGCCCAGAGAGCAGGGGCUAAACCUGCUUGCUCGCUGGGUGCAGACACAAUUGAAAUAUACGUAUCUAUGUUAUAUAG